CAUCAGUCAAUCUCCCUCAUGAUCGCUCAAGCUGGUCCACCCCAAUCCAGGGAAGCGUUACCGCCGUAUGAUAUCCUCGGUUUCUGGUACGGUGCGGGCACUGCAUCCGAAUUGACUAUUUAUUGCUACGGGAAACGCUUCAAUAUCACAGUAUCUGCCGAGAGCCUACAAGGAGACUUGAAUACUGCAAGCGAAUAUCUGUCUCUGCUUCAGAAGCUGGAUUCUGACGAGCCCUUCGAGCAGGAGGAUGAUAAGGGAGAUCCGAUGGAAGAACUAUGUUUCUGGAUAGCUUUCGAAUGUAAUUCUCAGAUGAAAGUCCUGGGUUCCGAACAACAACCACGAUUUCAUACGCUAUAUGAUUGGCUGGAUGUGCAAUCCUCUACACCGACUCAGCAAUUCCUGCAGGAACUAACGCCACAUGUGGAAUUGCCCUGUCCGAUCGCAGACUUUGGUAUUCCAGUUGUUUCACCUUUACACAUCCUGUUACCACGAGACACGACGGGAAGAGACUUACCUCAACGACCAACAAAGGUCUUCACUGAGCAGGGAAUGACGCGCUUUCCCAAACCCACGUAUGUCAGUGAACCCGCAGACCGAGAGAUAUCAACAUUGCUACGCAUUCAAAAUCUUGGCUUAUCGAACAUUAUCCGUGCACCUAAGAUUCAUGAAUUUGUGGAAUCUCAAGACGUCUCAUCUAAGAUAUCAGGCAUUUUGAUGGACUAUAUCGAGCAUCAUGACAGUUUGGGUUAUAUUGAUAUCUCAACCACCGCGUUAACGGUUCGAAUGAAAUGGAUAAGCCAAAUUCAACACAUGAUAGAAAAGCUACAUACUGCGGGGAUAGUCUGGGGCGAUGCAAAACCGGACAAUAUCUUGGUCGGUGCUGACGAUAAUUUGUGGAUUAUCGACUUUGGUGGGAGCUACACCCAUGGCUGGGUCGAUGAACACAAGGAGGGAACUAUGGAGGGGGACAGCCAAGCACUUUCCAGAAUUGUUGAAUUUCCCUUGGAUAAAAGCUCGGAAUAAUCCGUCUCAUUUAGUGGACGUAAAAGACCGAGCGAGUUCCCUUUCCUUGUCAACAGUGUGGUUGAGAUCCAUUCGCGGAGUGAUUGUUCUCCGGUCAUCGUAUUCAUUCUAUUGCAGGAUAUUCAUCGUCCCAGCCUUCUGAUCCUUUCAUGAGGAGAUAUGGCCAAGUGCCGUUCUUGAAUAGCACAAAAAGACCAGGCAAC